AUGGACGCCUUUCUCACAAGACUUGGCGCGCAAGCCAUGAACAUGGCCAUUCGGUCCGGUAUAGCUUUGACAUCAACCUAUGCGGUUCAGCAAUGUUCUCGGCUUCUCAAAACAGUCGAUGAUAGGGCGAUCCGCACAGAGCUGAGGUUAUUGCAGCAGGAACUUAAUGAGAGGAUCAAAAUAAUUUCACCCGCCAUUGACUUGAUCGAGUUCAAAGCUGGGAGAGGUAACGUCUUCCUCGAGAACGCUGUUCCUCUAGCAAAAGGCCUCCGGAGAAGCAUCGUUGCCCUCGGUAAACGACUCGAAGAUGUCGCCUGCGCCGAGGAAGAGGCCCAACAACACGCCAGUGGUGCCAGAGCACGCUCACGGACACCGGAGUCUCAGGCGGCGGAGCUACGAAGCAUAAUCAGCGAGAUGAAAUCCCUCCUUGGCCGUAUCGAGCGUGACGCCCACAUGCUCCAGUUCGCCAUCAGCGCAUCCGGCGAGAACUUGUCAACUUCGCUGCCCCCGGGUGUCUCGCCCUCUCGCCUGAUGCAGGCCAGCACCUUUUUGAGCAUCGGAGACACGCAGUUUGCCAGUGAUCCCUAUAGGCCGGCCCAGAUAGGGCCUUCAUUCACCCUCUCGCUCUAUCUGUUGUUCAUGGGCCAUAGCAAGACUGAGGCGCGUGUGAGACCCGCGGAGAGCAACGCAUUAUCAACUAUAGAUUCUGGCAAUUCUGUCAGUAGUAGCACCGAUCAUGACGAUGAGCCCUAUGGCUUCCAAGAGGGCGAGCGAAAGCCAUUGUGGCAGGAGGUCGCGCACAAAGCCCGCGUCAGGCUUUGUCGUAUUCCCCCUGACUGGAAGUUUGAUCGCGAAAGGGGCUAUGUUCCUCUGCCCUCACCUCACACGCCAUUCAGAGGUCAAAGUGCGCAGUCCGACUAUUCAUACUCGGCAAAAAAUGAAUUCUCAUAUCACCUGGAGAUAGUUGAGGACCUGGACGAUGGCCGUCUCCAUGACGAGGACGGCAGCUUCUUUGACGAUAUGCCAAUGGCAGGAAUACGAGAGUCUAUACCAGUCCACCAACUCUCCAAGAUAUUCUACACUAACACAGGUAGAAUCCUGAAUAUUGGUCAGGAAUUGGCACCUGACAACAACCCGGCCUUGCUACUGAAGCGAGAUUUAACGGCAACCACUCCCAAACAAGUCAUUGACGAAAUUUUACACAGCGUUGAGGAGGCGGCAACGGACGCGGACGAGACGGAAUAUCAGAACGAAGCACUGAUGGACUCGCAGGACGAAUUAGACUUGCAGAUUCUUAGGGAGAGUAGCGGGCCGCCCUCCGAGAAAGCACCAAGUCCACAUGGCCAACGGCGAUCGGAUUCGGCCCCAGCGCCUAAAAGCUCAUACAGUUUUCCCAAACACCUCGAUCCAGAGUGGAUAGCUCUAGAAGUGUUCACAGAGAUCGAAGAUGAGAGCAGCUCCUCCACAGACGAUGAAUCGAGUGGCGACGACCAAGACUCGAGCACGAGCACAACAACCAAGAGCAGGCCAGACGUCAAGGACAAACGCUCCUCGCUGGAUACGAAACUCAUGCAACAAAUCAGAGAUAUCUCUUUGCGGUCCGGCACAGCGUCGCCGCCGCACAGCGGUCGGGAGCUCAGGAAGACGGUCAGCCCAGAGUCGUUCGCGACCAGGUCGCCCUUUGGCUCCAUCACAUCCUCGCUCUCGCUGCUGGAGAUGAUGAUACGUCUAGCCAGCCUCCAGGAAUUCCAGCAGACAUCCCACCUAUCGAUACCUGAUCACAUUCUCACCUUCUUUCUGGAGGAGACGGCAACGACGGGUCUCUCGGGCGAGGAUAGGUGGAAGGCUAGGAGUGAGGCCAAGAAGAAGGUUGGCUUUGAUCCAUACCAUGAUGCCACAAACUAG